AUGUUUCGACCGCGACUCAGCGGAAAAGGACUACAACAUGUAUACGGCAGGCGGAGCCUCACUCAUGGCUUUGGGAGACCUGGGAUUCGGCUCAGCUCCACGACUACGCUUCCACGGACAAGAGAGACGGCGAGACAUGCACCGGCUCAGCAACGGGUGCAGUACCCGCUUUCGGUGAUGCCGACACACAUGUUACUCCGCUCUCUAUUCGUUGCGACCAUAUCAUCUAACAAAUUCCUGCUGGUACCAUCACUGAACCUCUUAUCCUUCUUGUCGAAACCAAAUCGGAGCUUCCUGUUCAAUGUGGAUCGGAAUCCGAUUCUAAAGGCGAUUUUGAAGAGGACAUUGUAUAAUCAGUUUUGUGCCGGAGAAACAGAGAAAGAGACGCAAGCUUGUGUCAAGCAGCUCAAGAAUCUAGGUUUCAAGGGUGUUAUCUUGACGUAUGCAAAGGAAAUGGUGUUUGAUCACAAAGCAGGCUCUGCCAAGGAUCAUGGUUUGGAGAAAGGUGUUGAUGAAAAGGUUGUGGUGCAUGAUGCGGAUAUUGAAUCGUGGAGACAAGGAACGCUGCAGACGUUAGAUUUGAUUUCCAAGGGCGAUAUUCUGGCGUUAAAAACAACAGGCGGUGGCCCAGCCGUCUCCGCAGCAUUCAGUCAAGGCAACCUUCCACCCCAGCAAAUGCUCUCGGCCCUUGAAGAACUCGCUACAAAAUGCAAGGAACGCGGCAUCCAAAUCAUAAUCGAUGCCGAGUCUCAGCACUGGCAGCACGGCAUCGCCCGCACCACCUUGGAGCUAAUGCGGAAAUUUAACCGCGAAGGCAAAGCAGUCAUAUACAACACAUACCAAGCCUAUCUCAAAGAAACAUCCGCCGUAGUUCAGCAACACAUGGCCGAAGCUGAGAAAGACGGAUUUACCCUGGGCCUGAAGCUCGUGCGUGGCGCAUACAUUCUCUCUGAUAAUCGCGCCUUGAUCCACGAUACGAAGGAAGAUACUGAUAACGCGUACAACACUAUAGCACAAGGCGCUCUCCGCCAGCGGCUCGGUCCCUUUGGAGGGAAAGAUCGCCCCUUUCCAUCGGUGAACCUGCUCCUCGCAUCGCACAACCGCGAAUCCGUAAUGGCGGCUAGUGCACUGCAUCGCCAGCGGCUGGAAGCUGGGCUGCCCACUGUGCCGGUUGCGUAUGGCCAGCUACACGGUAUGUCGGACGAAGUCAGUUUCUCGCUGCUUGCGGAAAAGGACAAGGGUGGGGUGUCGCCGGAGGUGUUCAAAUGUACGACAUGGGGUAGCAUAGGCGAGUGUGUGGGAUAUUUGCUUCGGCGGGCGGUGGAGAAUCGCGAUGCGGUGCUUAGAACGAAGGAUGAAUUUGCAGCGCUGAGGAAGGAGGCUAGGAGGAGAUUUAUGUGGGUGUAA